CCGGUCAGCCUGCUGUCUGAGAACCCACCUUCUGUUAUCCCACCUGAUGACCUGACGCCUGCUCUCCAGCCUGAUGCCUCGAUGCCCGCUGUCCAGCCCAAUGCCUUGAUGCCCGCUGUCCUGCCAGAUGACCCGGUGCCCACUGUCCUGCCAGAUGACCCGGUGCCCGCUGUCGAGCUUGAUGCCUCGGUGCCCGCUGUUCAGCCUUAUGGCCUGAUGACCCAGUGUCCGCUACCCAGCCUGAUGAUCCUAUCCGGCCUGCCGGUGCCUGCUGCCCAGCCCGAUGACCCGGUGCCUGCUGCCCAGCCCGAUGACCCGGUGCCUGCUGCACAGCCCAAUGUGCCUCUGCUCGCUGCCCAGCCUGAUGUGCCAGCCCCUGAUUCCCAGCCUGCUUCUGGAAAUCCUGUGUCCAGCAACCUG